AUGCCUAGAACACAGGAAGGAUAUCUCUGGUGGCAAUCCCACACGGAUAGUGGCCUAGAAACCCAGGCUGUUGUUCCCAGCAGCCAUCAUAUCAAUGAUACCUACGAUGUUAUUGUUAUCGGGGCUGGCUUUGCUGGCCUAGUUGCUGCACGAGAUCUCGCUGCCAAGGGUCUCAGGGUUCUCAUACUUGAGGCUCGAGAUCGCAUUGGAGGAAGGACUUGGACCGCUCGAGCUUUUGGGGAGGAAUUUGAGAUGGGAGGCACCUGGGUCCAUUGGAAUCAGCCACAUCUUUACGCUGAACUUACCCGGUACAAUCUUCACCAUAAUCUGAAGACUUCAAAUGGAACUUUGAAGCCAGAGGUCACUUAUUGGCAGGGAACUGCCGGUAACAAAUCAGCUCUUGACCAGAAGGCUGUCGAAGAUGCUAUGGUAGCCGCUGAGAGACUUGCCAGCAAAGUCUUUUCGAUCGAUGGCUACGCUAGCAAGGAGCUCAUGCCUUAUCCGCAUGACCCAACCCGCCUGGCACCUUUGUGCAAAUACGACCAUCUCAGUAUCCGUGACAGGCUUGAUGCCAUCACUGAUGAGUCAGACGAGAAUAAGGCAUAUUUCCAAGGAUUGACAAACACCUUCGCUACCUCCCCGUCGAACGAGAUUGGCUUCACAGAGGGUCUCCGGUGGUACGCUCUUGGUGGCCACACGUUAACACAGCUAUUCGAAUCGGCCGGUUUGUAUAAGCUUGGAAAUGGCGGAAUGACAUCAUUUGCCAAAGCCAUAUUUGAGGAUUACUCCGGCGCAGCUCUUUUUAGCACCGAAGUCACCAAGAUCAGCCAAACUCCAAACGAGGCUACUAUCACUACCAAAGACGGACGCACUUUAUCCGCAGGUCGUAUUGUCUGCACCAUACCAUUGAAUGUGCUCAAGACCAUUACGAUCGAACCGCCUCUGAAUGCGCUUAAACAAAAAGCACUCGACAAGGGUCACAUCACUGGGGGCGCCAAAAUUCAUUACAAGCUUCGACACAUUACUCCUCCUUGGUAUUAUCAUGGGCUCCCACCUACGCCUUUCUGUUUUGCUUUCACAGAUCACAAUGGGACAAAGAAGGAAAAGGAUGGAACAUACUGCAUUGGAUUUGGACUCAAUGGCUGCUUCCCGGACAUCAAGGAUAGUGAAGAGGUAAUUGGAGCUUUCAACCAUCACAUUGGUGCAGAUAACGAAGUAGACGGUUAUCUGUCACAUGACUGGGUGAAGGAUCCUUUCUCUCGGGGAACGUGGGCUUGUUGGGGUCCUUCAUCCAGCACAGUGUACCUUCAGGAGCUGCAGCUCCCUCAUGGCCGCGUCAUGUUUGCAAGUGGAGAUACGGCUAACGGUUGGCGUGGAUUCAUUGACGGUGCACUUGAGCAGGGCAAGAAGGUGGCCAACGAUGUGUUGCGUGAGCAUUCUAAGAGUCAGAGAGCCAGGCUAUAA